UCCGGCCCCGCGCAGCGGCUGCCCUGACCUGGCCGCGACCUCCCUCCGCGCGCCCCGCCGCCCGGGCCCCUGGGGUGUUCCCCAACCACGGCCCAGCCCCGCCACACCCCCCGCCCCCGGCCUCCGCAGCUCGGCAUGGGCGCGGGGGCGCUCGCCCUGGGCGCCUCCGAGCCCUGCAACCUGUCGUCGGCCGCGCCGCUCCCCGACGGCGCGGCCACGGCGGCGCGACUGCUGGUGCCCGCGUCGCCGUCCGCCUCGCCGCUGACCCCGACCAGCGAGGGCCCCGCGCCGCUGUCGCAGCAGUGGACGGCGGGCAUAGGCCUGCUGAUGGCGCUCAUCGUGCUGCUCAUCGUGGCGGGCAACGUCCUGGUGAUCGUGGCCAUCGCCAAGACGCCGCGGCUGCAGACGCUCACCAACCUCUUCAUCAUGUCCCUGGCCAGCGCCGACCUCGUCAUGGGGCUGCUGGUGGUGCCGUUCGGGGCCACCAUCGUCAUGCGGGGCCGCUGGGAGUACGGCUCCUUCUUCUGCGAGCUCUGGACCUCGGUGGAUGUGCUGUGCGUGACGGCCAGCAUCGAGACCCUGUGUGUCAUCGCCCUGGACCGCUACCUCGCCAUCACGUCGCCCUUCCGCUACCAGAGCCUGCUGACCCGCGCGCGGGCGCGGGCCCUGGUGUGCACCGUGUGGGCCAUCUCGGCCCUGGUGUCCUUCCUGCCCAUCCUCAUGCACUGGUGGCGGGCCGAGGGCGACGAGGCGCGCCGCUGCUACAACGACCCCAAGUGCUGCGAUUUCGUCACCAACCGGGCCUACGCCAUCGCCUCGUCCGUCGUGUCCUUCUACGUGCCCCUGUGCAUCAUGGCCUUCGUGUACCUGCGGGUGUUCCGCGAGGCCCAGAAGCAGGUGAAGAAGAUCGACAGCUGCGAGCGCCGCUUCCUCAGCGGCCCGGCGCGGCCCCCCUCGCCCGCGCCCGCGCCCGGCUCCCCGCGCCCCGCGGCCACCGCCGCCGCCGCCGCCGCCCCGCUGGCCAACGGGCGCAUCAGCAAGCGGCGGCCCUCGCGCCUCGUGGCCCUGCGCGAGCAGAAGGCGCUCAAGACGCUGGGCAUCAUCAUGGGCGUGUUCACGCUCUGCUGGCUGCCCUUCUUCCUGGCCAACGUGGUCAAGGCCUUCCACCGCGACCUGGUGCCCGACCGCCUCUUCGUCUUCUUCAACUGGCUGGGCUACGCCAACUCGGCCUUCAACCCCAUCAUCUACUGCCGCAGCCCCGACUUCCGCAAGGCCUUCCAGCGCCUGCUCUGCUUCGCGCGCCGGGCCGCCCGCGGGGGCCACGCGGCCGCCGGCGACCGGCCGCGCGCCUCCGGCUGCCUGCCGGGGACCCGGCCGCCGCCGUCGCCGGGGGCCGCCUCGGACGAGGACGACGACGACGACGUCGGGGCCGCGCCGCCCGCGCGCCUGCUGGAGCCCUGGGCCGGCUGCAACGGCGGGGCGGCGGCGGCGGCGGACAGCGACUCGAGCCUGGACGAGCCGGGCCGCCCCGCGGGCGCCUCGGAAUCCAAGGUGUAGGGUCCCGCGGCCGCCGCCGCCCGCGCCUCCCUCCCCCGCCCGCGCCCCGGGAGCGAGAACGCCCAGGCGCCCCCACUGGCUUCCCAGGGGAGAGAGAUCCGUGUUUACGCAAGCCCCAGAGCAGGUGAACUCAAAGCCCGCAAAGCUGGUCUGAAUCCUCCAAGGCGAACGCAAAAGCCGCGGACCGUUGCACAGAAAGGAAAGUUUGGGGAGGGCUGGGAGAGUGGCUUGCAGAUUUGUCUUGGUUCUUUUUUUCUGUGCGUGCUUCGGCCUUCUUUGGUGUGUGCGUGUGAUGCAUCUUCCGUUUUGGGGGGGUUGUCUCCCCCCCCACCCCCCCACC